CCUCUGGCGGUGCACCAGGCCUGGCUUCCGGGGGAGCGGCUGGUGCCGGGGGGCGGUCGGGGCUGGUGGCGCCCGCGAACGCCGGACAGGCCCUGCUGGGGGUGGGCAUCUCGGCAGCGGCACAGCCCUGGGCAGGCUCCGCUGCUCCGCGCCCUUCCCUCUGCUCACGGCGAGAGCCUGGCCCUGGGGAGGGGUUCGGUCAGGGUUCCCUUGCGUGAGCCUUCUCGGCGACAAGACAGCUACCUCCUGUUUGGCAGGCUGGAGAGGAGAGGAUGAGUAAGAGCAAGGACGAUGCUCCGCACGAGCUGGAGAGCCAGUUUGUGUUGCGACUGCCGCCGGAAUAUGCCUCCACUGUGCGGCGAGCAGUACAGUCCGGGAACGUCAACUUGAAGGACAGGUUUACUAUUGAGCUGCACGCGGAUGGGCGCCAUGGCAUUGUCCGCGUCGACCGGGUGCCGCUGGCAGCCAAGCUGGUGGAUCUGCCCUGCAUCAUCGAGAGCUUAAAAACCAUUGACAAGAAAACUUUCUAUAAGACAGCUGAUAUUUGCCAGAUGCUUGUUUGCUCUGUGGAUGGUGAUCUCUACCCACCUUUGGAAGAGCAAACUGUGAGCACUGACCCCAAGGCAAACAAGAAGAAGGACAAGGACAGAGAGAAGAAAUUCAUCUGGAACCAUGGCAUUACUCUUCCCCUGAAAAACGUGCGGAAGAGACGAUUCCGGAAGACGGCUAAGAAGAAAUAUAUUGAGUCUCCUGAUGUAGAGAAAGAGGUGAAGCGUCUCCUGAGCACAGAUGCUGAAGCUGUCAGUGUCCGCUGGGAAGUCAUUGCUGAAGAUGAAACAAAAGAAGCAGACAACCACGGCUCUCUCACCAGCCUGGACAUCUCCUCCCCAGGGAUGUCAGGACACAAGCAAGGCCAUGGCUCAGAACAUGAUGAGCUGCGGGAGAUAUUCAAUGACAUCAGCAGCAGCAGCGAAGAUGAAGAUGAGAGAGAUCAUCAUGAUGACGAGGACCUGAACAUCAUGGACACUGAGGAGGACUUGGAUAGGCAGCUGCAGGACAAACUGAAUGAGUCUGAUGGGCAGCAACAGGAGAAUGAAGGGUCCAACCAGAUAGUCAUGGGGAUCCAGAAGCAGAUUGACAACCUGAAAAGUAAACUCCAGGAGACUCAAGAUAGGAGGAAGCGCCAGGAAGACCUCAUCAUGAAAGUGGAGAACCUAGCUCUCAAGACCCGCCUCCAGGCUGUGCUGGAUGAGUUCAAGCAGCAGGAAGAGCGAGAGAAGCAGCAGAUGAUGUCCCUGCAGGAACAGCUGGAGUCCCUCAUGGAGAAGUGAGGAGCAGGCCUGGGUCUUUGUACCUGUGCACAGAGCUGGAAGUGGUACUCACCUGCCUUGCUGAGGCCUUUGCUCUGGUCACAAACCUCUGUUGCCAGAAACGCUGCUGAACAGUGCUACAGGCUCUCUCAUUGUUCUGGGCUUGGCUGGUGGAGCUCAAGCAUUGAGCUACGCCUGAGAGAGCAGCCAAAACACUGAAUUUACUGUAAAUACUCAGCACUCUUCUCCCAGAGUGAUUCAGUUCUCCCUGGGACAGUGCAGCCUCCUGCAUCUUGCUGAGUCUUGGAGUUGAUGGGCCAUGGCCUGGUAGGAGCUUGCUCUUGUCUCUGUAGGAUGCUCAGAUCUGCAAAUCAGGCUCAAUAAAGUACCAUUUCUAA